AUGAACCCAGAUGGCUCCAUUGACGAGAAGAAGCUGGAUCCUGUUGCUCAGCAGGCGUACCAGUAUGCGAUCGAGUUCUAUGAGAAGGACCACCUACUCACAAGGGACCAGAGAUCCAUACUAGCGAAGACAUACUCCACGGUGUCGUAUGCCACGCUAGGACUGGGCUGGGGUACUUUCUUUGCGGUGACCAGUAUUCCCUUCUAUCGCCAAAAGAUCAGAACGGGGUCGACAAAGGGGACCAACGUUGGUAUUGCUAUGCUCUUUGGUAUCGGCGCGAUGAUGCUGACUUCCCCGUAUUUCGCAAUCAAGACCUACAACUGGCAGCUGGAGAAGCUGAGACAAAAGGACAACGCGUGCUAUGAAGUUGCCAGUAUGCUGAAGCCAGGAGAGACCACCAAGUGGAUGCUAUACUACCAAUUGACCAUGGAUAGUCCGGAGCAUAUCAUGAAAGACCCAAGAUCCAAGGCAGCAGCAGAGCUCAGAACAAAGACUCUGUACUCUGGAAGAGACCCUAUGGGGCUCUAUAGUGGUCCAAGGGCUGAGAUGAGUAAAAGAAGACGUGAACUGGAACUGGAAAAGCGUCAACAACAACAACAAGGUGUUGCCCCUCCAGCACAGCCAUCCGAGCCAGCAGAGACACAGGAUGAGACCUAUGAGUUCAAAAGCGUUACACCUACCGAUGAUGAUCCUUUUGCAGAGCCUGCACAGGAGGGAAAGAAAUGGUCAUCUGCUUGGGAUAGAGUCAGAGAGGAAAAUGGAACACAGUCAUCGCAGUCUGCCAGUAGUUGGGACCGUCUAAGAAGUCAGUCAACCAUACCAAAUAUCGGCUCAUCUUCACCUUCAGCUAGCACACCAGAAGGAAACUCAGCAUCCCAAUCAGAUUUUGAUAAACUCCUAGAUCAAGAGAGACACCAAUCUGAUGAGCUGGAGAACUCCAAGUGGUAG